AUGGUCAACACCACUGAUUUCGAGGCCCAAAGAGUUCGCCGACUUUCCAGUAUACAUGCAGAACGAGAUCUUCUUGGAGAUAUCCACACCAUCACUCCCCCAACACACAUAUCAUUAAAGGCCCCAAGUCGCCUUGAUCUCGGUAUCCCUUCUCCAUUGCAAAUGCCAAACCUUGAAGACGACACGGCGGUCUCUUCAUCAGAGGAGGAUUCUCUCCUGACCCGAUCCCCUCUCUCUACACCGACUACCCCACCCAUAGUCACCAGCGAUGAUUUUGCGAUAGCUUUUGAUAUCGAUGGCGUCCUUCUUCGUGGUGGCAAUGUCAUCCCAGAGGCUAUCGAUGCCAUGAAGUAUAUCAAUGGAGAAAAUCAAUACGGAAUCAAAGUUCCUUACAUCUUUUUAACCAACGGCGGUGGAAAGACUGAAAAAGAAAGAUGUCUCGAUCUCAGCCGCCAACUUAACAUCGAAGUUUGCGAAGGCCAAUUUAUCUGUGGUCACACACCUAUGCGAGAAAUGGCCCAAAAAUACCACACCGUGCUAGUCGUUGGUGGUGUAGGCGAGCAGUGCCGUCUGGUCGCCGAAAAAUACGGUUUCAAGGAUGUUAUCACGCCUGGUGAUAUUAUUAAGACCAAACAUGAUACAACACCAUUCCGGAAGUUGACCGAAGAGGAGCACAACAACUCACGAACACUGGACCUGGAUUCAACAACAAUCGAAGCAAUAUUCGUCUUUGCCGAUAGUCGCGACUGGGCAGGCGACCAGCAGAUUAUUCUAGAUGUCCUACUGUCCCAAGGAGGCCAGCUAAACAAAAGAUCAGAGACCUUUAACGAAGGCCCACCACUAUACUUCUCCCACAACGACGUGGUCUGGGCAACAUCUCACGACCACUCACGUCUAGGUAUGGGAGCUCUCCGAGCCUCGGUUGAAGCUCUCUAUCAAGCCAUCACCGGCAAAGAGUUGAACACAAUCGCCUUCGGUAAGCCGCAGAUGGGCACUUUUGAUUUUGCAACGAGGCUCUUGCAGCAAUGGCGCAGUGAUUCCCACGGCAUCGACAAACCCCCUGGAACAGUCUACUUUGUUGGUGACACGCCUGAGUCGGAUGUCCGUGGUACCAAUGAAUACAACAAGAUAUCGGAUAAUGAGUGGUACUCUAUCCUUGUCAAGACUGGUGUAUGGCAAGAGGGCACUUCUCCCCGCUUUCCUCCUAAGAAGAUUUGCAACAAUGUCUUUGACGCUGUCAGGUUUGCGACUGAGCGUGAGUUGCAGAAGGCAAUCAAUAAUGGUUCCCCUUUAGCUGCUGUUAAGGGUAGUGCGAUACAAAACUGA